GCGGGAUUUACUCUUUUCUAAUUUGCGCUGUGACGCCAGAAAGACGUUUAUUGAUCAAUAUAGACAGGUUCGGUGGCAGAGAAACAAUAUUAAACCGUCACACAUCACAUCCAACUGACGUUAAAGGCUCCCCAGCCGUCUCCAAACGCACUAAGACGCGCAAAUCAAUCCUAUUGGCCGGAAAUAUGAAUCAUCUAGUGGGGAAUGACGAACGAGAUCACGACUCCGAGGGGUAUAUAUAUAAACUCCAGAUGUGCAGAUCAUCAAUCCGAAAGCUACGAAGCAUCAUAGACCACAGCACACGCGUUUAGGUUCAGUGCGCAAUGGAGAGGUCCGUCAGAUCCGUGCUGGUGUUCGUGGUUGUUUCCAUCCUCAUCUCCAGCCAUCCCACAGACGCCUGGUACAAGCAGUCCACCGGGCCGAGCUAUUAUUCCGUCGGGAGAGCCUCGGGUCUGCUGUCCGGGAUCCGGAGGUCGCCCUAUGUGCGCAGAUCUGAGACAGAAUCAGCGCUGGACAGCAGCGAGACCCCCGGCGUCUCCAACAGCGUGAUGCCCGACUUCAGCAGCAGACAAACUCCAGUUCUUAAAAACAUGGCCAUCUGCGUAAAGGACAUCUCCCCAAACCUUCAGAGCUGCGAGCUGGUUCAGGACGGUUCAAGCACGUUUCGGUGCAAAGCAGAAGUGUUUUUGUCGCUCGACUCGCUGGACUGCUUCACCUCCUGAGCGGAACCCGUCCACCCCCUCCUCCUACCCGACCCAAAGUCUCUUCCAUUUCAGGAGUAUUUACAGCCAAGGCAGUGAGGCGCGCUGUUGACGUUGAAUGUUUACUUGAUUUACACCAGGGGUGUUCAGCGUUGCUUCUUUAGAUACACUUUCCAGCAAAGUUUAGUUAGCCCAUGUACCAGUAAUAAACAUGUUCUUUAUGAGUGAUAUUAUAAAUCCAUCCACCUUAUUUCGAAGCAGCGAACGUUCUAUGAAUGUGCGAGAGAUUCGAUUCAUUCGCCAUUAGUAAACAGCGGGAACGGGAAUAAUUAUAUAGCUAAUUAUACAAUUUUUUUUUUAAAGGGAAGUAAACAGUAAAAGUAUUUGCACUAUAAACCAGUAUGAUUAUAAUUACCACACAGCAUUUAAAUAACAUGAUAAUACAAGCAGCAUAACGAGCCGCUAAAAAUAACCGGAAUUCUCGCACAUUCAGGUUACUUAAUGGCCGCGCAAGGUCUUACAAAUGUUAAAAAUAAGUCAGUGAUACACAAAAACCCUUGAUUCUUCUUCAAAUGAAAUUUGAUCAUCAAAACAUAAAAUGCACAGUAAAGAGAUUGAUUUUAGGGUAGUAAAUAGCAAAGUGAAGUCAAACCGAAUUCAAGUCACUUCCAGUGUGAACUCACUUAGUUUUAACUAUAUUUAGCAGGAAACUAGAUCGUGGAGAGCAGUUCUGAGCACCCCUGGUUCACACAAUGUGAAGUUUGCUGCUUUAAAUUUGUAAAUGGAAAAAUAGGUGAUCCACAGAAACAAAACGGAGAGGUAUUUUCUGUUCACUCUUUUCCCCUCUGCGCCCACCCGUCACCUGUACCUACUUCCAGAUGUAUUAAAUGUUCAUAAAAAGAGUUCACUGUUAUGAGCAAAAACUUUCAAAGAUGUUUUCUUUAUUUUAUUAAACUUGAAAGAAAUACCGUUCGUUCGGUGUACACUUGUGUUGUGGCGUGAUUUGUUUCAUACCAUUCACUGUGCGAGAAAUCAGCACUAAACAAAAUAUCAAAAAACAUUAAUGUUAGUUUUUAAUAUUGUUUUUCUUUCACAGUGUUUUUUUUUCUCUUGCAUUUAUAAAAGAGUAAUUGGAAUAUACCAUGAAAAGUGUGGUAUAUUCCACAGCAUUUAAAUAGCAAAAACACAUUUUAUGUCAACUAAAUCUCAAUGAAUAAAUGGUGUAAAGCAACAUUUGCUACAGGUACGAUUAUGCUUUAUAUAGAUCUGUGUAUGUGUGUUUGGCUCACCUUGGUACAAUAAAACCAUUUCAGAUUGAAUCACCAACACUCAACAACUAUAUAAGUGCUGGAUCACAAACAAAAGAUGAUUCAUAACAAAAAAAAAACCCUCAAAAACAAAACACUGGACCCUGACAGGGUGUUCAAUCUCUGAAUGGACUGUGUUGGACAAAGAUUUACACAAGGGGAAAAGGUUAUUUUAUAGGUGAUGAUUAACCAUGGUAAUGUACACACAGGAAGUGGGGGAUGUCAGGUGGAAAAUUAUGGGAUGCUUGGACGAGCAACUCGACCACUCAAAGGACAGCACCAUUUACUCUUUAAAUCCAUAUUAUAAUCUUCCA